AUGCGUUUCGCAUCACCGUCAACAAUAAACGUCUCAACGCUCCUGGUGGAUCUGGAUGGACAACCUCUCCCUCGAGUGGACGGUAUCUUGGAUUCUCUGUACACCGGGAAAGUGUUCUCCAUCUUCGACCUCAACUCGGCUUUCCACCAGAUCGUUUGUGAUGAAGACACUGUCCCGCUCACCGCCUUUUGCACUCCCACGCAGUUGUUCGAAUGGCUUCGGAUGCCGCAGGGCGCCAACGCAAGUCCGUCUUGGUUCGUCAAGGUCAUCAACAGAGUGGUGCACGGUCUGGAGCGUGUGCUGGCUUAUCUGGACGAUGUCAUCUGUUUCGAUGAGGAACCUCUGGGACACGUGCUAAACUUGAUCGAGUUCUUCAAACGACUGCGACAGUACAACCUCAAACUGUCUCCAGGGAAGGCUCGCGUCGGCGCCACGCACGCCAACUUUCUCGGUCACACCAUCUCUCCGGCAGGUGUUAGCCCUGAUGGCGUCAAGGUUAGGGCGCUCACGCACAUGCCGCCGCCGACGAAUGUUAAGCAGCUUCGGAGCCUUCUCGGUGGACUCAGAUACUACCGGAAAUUCCUCGAGAAUCUCGCCACCAAGGUGCGGCUUCUCAACUCUCUCCUCAAACAAGGCGUCCCCUUCAACCGUCCUCUUCGUUUGUGUUCCGACGCGUGCAUCGACGGCUUUGGCGCCUCCUUGGAACAAGAACAGCUCGAUGGCUCGGUGAGACCCAUCGUGUACAUCAGCCGCGCUACUCUUCCUGCGGAGCGUAAUUGGACCGUUAUGGAUCUGGAGGCUGGUGGCAUUGUUUGGGCUAUCAAACGCCUUCACGGUUGUCUGUGGUCGACCAAGUUCAUCAUCUAUUCGGACCACAAAGCCUUGGAGAGCAUUGGCAAGGUUGGGGAACACAACGCUAGGGUGCAACGAUGGCUCGAAUUCCUGUCCAACUUUACCUACACCCUGAAAUAUCGGAAAGGUUCGGCAAACGGCAACGCGGAUUUUCUUUCGCGGUUGCCUUUACCAGCACAAGACACUGACAAAACCGCCCCCGACUGCAUUGAUGGUGUCGAUCAAGCGGGUGUUUUCCUCAUUCGGGCUUGCGGGCGCAACUAUCACUCGUCGUCUACGCCGGAGGGGCCUGGUACGGUCGUCGGCGUCGACUUCUUCGGACCUCUGCCAGUGACUGCCAAGGGCAACUCCUACAUUUUAUUGUUCACAGGCCGUUUCCGUCGGAGAGCCGACAUGUUCGCAGUUACAGCGGCGGAAUUUACGGCGAGAGGGACGGCUCACAUCUUCGUCACCCAAUACAUGACCAAGUGGGGAUGUCCGAGUACGUUAUUGUCGGACAACGGACUGCAUUUCUGCUCGAAGCUCUCCAUGGCGAUCUACGAGGUGAUGAAGAUCAAGAAGGUCACCACCAGCUCCUACCACCCACAGACCAACGGCGGCACGAAACGCGUCAACCACACGAUGGCCCAGAUGCUUGCGGUGGUCGUCAACGAACAGCAAAACGAUUGGGACAUACAUCUCCCGCACGUUGAGUUUGCCUACAAUAAUUCCGUGACCCAGUCUACUGGAUUAGCGCCAAACGAGUUCCACAUCGGACGCAUCCCGCGACUCCGGCCUUCGGUCUUCGAUCAUCCCACGGUAGGUGGUCGUCAAAGCUUGGCCCGUGAUCAGCUCGAGCAUUGCAACCUGGCUGUCGAUCGCCAGCGCCGGGCCUACGAAGUUGUCCGUGAGUACAACGCCCUGAAGAUUUCGCGAGUCGAACGCCGCAAUUCAUCCCUGCUGGACGUGCUAUUGUGUUGGUCCCGGGAGGCCUGCCCAAGCAAGCAGGCGGGAGCUAGCCCGGAAUCGUGGAGAACGCUAUUUGCCUCCUGGGGCUGA